AAAAGCGAAAUCGUGGAUCUGUCAUAGGGAUCAUCAUUCGCCGCGUCAAGUAUAAGUAGAUUUUAACUUUCAAGUAAAAAGAAAUAGCUUUAACGUACAGUCAAAACUAAAAAGAAACGAAUCGGGUAGGAAUUUGGGACUUUUUACUUUCCAUGUGGUAUCCCUAACCUAAGCUGUCAAUGUCAAACUUUCGUGUUAUCUCUAUAUGUUAUUGUUAAAACAAACGUUAGGCGCGGGAAUCUUGUUUAAUUUACUGUUAUUAUUCGAAAAUAAAAUGCGUCGUAAUUGGAGAGGCCGAUACAGAAAUAAUUCCUACCAUCCUCGCAACCAGGGCAAUUCAAAUAAAGCUGAUAAUCGAAGUUUGAACAAUUCUUGUAACACAACUCGGCCAAGCACUUCGGCCGUGUCUAGAGCACCGGCAAAUCAGUUACCGAUUAUUGUACCUAUAUAUGCUGGAAAUAAUAUAUGGAGUCUAUACUUCCCUUCACAAGAUCAACCUGACCCCGAAAUCAAUGAACACAGCAAAUGCUUCAAAGUGUUCAUAGAAGAGAAUAGGAAUAUGUUUGAUUUGGAGAAAAUUGACCAAACUCGGAGCAUUCCUUUAGAUAUCCAAAGUUUAUUGAAUGAUAAACAAUUCAUCAGUGGGUGGUCAACAUUUAAUUCCGAUCUAUCUGAGAAGCCUGAUGUUACUUUGCCUCUAUUGGAAUACUGUCUACAUGAGGCACUCAAGUGUGAAACAAAGAUAAAAGUAAGAAUUCUAAACCACCACCCUGUUGUACCUAUUGCCAAUUUGAAGGUCAACUAUUUUGGCAAGUUGGUCACCAUCAAAGGCACAGUCAUAAGGGUUGGCAGCGUUGGGUUGACAUGUACUAGCAUGGCAUUUGAAUGCUCCAGUUGUCAUGCUGUGCAAGCGGUAGUCCAGCCACAGGGAGUAUUCACAGCGCCCAGCUUUUGCCAGAGUUGUAGAAGGGGUACAAAAUUUGAACCACUGCAGUCAUCACCUUUCACCAUCACUACGGAUUGCCAGGUGGCAAAAAUUCAGGAAUUACAAUCACAGAUUGCCUCCGGAACUAUACCAAGAAGUGUGGAGAUAGAACUGAAAGGAGACCUUGUUGGUACUGCAUGUCCUGGCGACGUGCUUUCAGUAACUGGGAUAGUGCAAGUUCGAGGUGAAAGUAAAGGCGGUGAAGACAAGAGAGCUGCUCGGCUCCUGCAACUUUAUAUAGAAGCAGUAUCCAUACACAGCCAAAGGAAUCUUAGCAAUCCGACACUCUCUUUUACUUUAAAAGACUAUUAUGCUAUUCAGGAAAUUCACGCAUCAGAAGACGUAUUCCGUCUCCUAGUCCACUCGCUAUGCCCAGCCAUAUUCGGGCACGAGGCGGUGAAGGCGGGGCUGGUCCUCGGGCUCUUGGGCGGCACGGAGCUGGAGGACGGGCCGCGGGCCAACCCGCACGUGCUGGUGGUCGGCGACCCUGGCCUAGGGAAGUCGCAGUUGCUGCAAGCGGCUGCGCACGCCGCUCCGAGAGGUGUGUACGUGUGCGGCGCUUCAACCUCUGCGGGCGGUUUGACCGUAGCCUUAGGACGGGAAGCAGGAGGCGACUUCGCUUUGGAAGCUGGCGCCUUGGUGCUAGCGGAUAAAGGUGUUUGCUGUGUUGAUGAACUAGAUAAGGUAUGUUCUGAAUAAAGUUUUACUCAGAUGUUUACUUGUCAGGUGCUUCGGCUUCCGCGGGCGGUUUGACCGUGGCCUUAGGACGGAGAAUCGGGAGGCGUAUUUGUCUUAGAAACCGGGGCUAACGGAUAAAGGAAUUUGCUGUGUUGGUGAAUAGGAUAAGUUGUGUGUUAUUGUUAUAAUAAUGAGCGCAAUGAGAAGCGACAAUAAUUGUCUUACCUUCUUCAUCUUCUUUCUUUUAAACUCGAGCUUGGUUGUCUAAAAAUGUAAAUAAUUAUAAAUGUAUACAUCAAUGUACCUACAAUACGUGCCUAUGUACGUAGUGCACGAAGGUCGAAAGUAAAUUACGUUAAAGGGUUAAAGAAAAGCCCAGUAGGCAGUAAAAUUUGCUUAUAACAUUUUUUUUUUUUGUAAAAAUAUUAUU